AUGGAGAAGACAGACGAAAUCUCUCCAACCACAAGUCUUAAAUCUAUCAUGAAAAAGAAAGGUUAUGGUUUCCAUGCAGGAGGCAAUGGGACCAAAAAGAAUCUUCAGUUUGUUGGGGUAAAUGGUGGCUACGAAACGACUUCAAGCGAAGACACAAGUUGUGAAGACAGCCCAUCGGAUGGGGACGUGGAGAGUGAGAUGGGGAGAAGAGCCGAAGAUUUCGAGCCCACACAGGCGAAAGCUAGAGGUGAAAGUGAGGGGGCUUCAUCAUGGACCUCCUCGAAGGAGAGAUGUGAGGAUGAUGACCUACAGGAGCCAUCGGCAGAAGCAGUGCCUUGCACUGAGCACAAGGCUGACAGAUGCAAACCGUCUGAAGAUUUUCUUGCCGACUGCCAGCUACUCAGCAAGCACCUCUCAGAAAUCAGGACCACAAGUGACAAGCAUCUGCGGCACAUCAUGAGCACUGUCUGCCAGGAGUGGUUCCGGGUGUCGAGCCGCAAGUCUUCCAGCUCAGAGGUGGUCGCAGCAUAUCUGAAGGCUCUGGGGGCCAUCCAGCCCCAGCUCCUGGCAAUGGUGGUGAACCUGGCUGACAGGAAUGGCAACACGGCUCUUCACUACAGCGUUUCCCACUCCAACUUCCCGAUUGCAAAGCUCCUGCUAGACACAGGCGUGUGCCGCCUGGACUUGCAGAACCGUGCUGGCUAUACGGCGGUGAUGCUCACCCCGCUGGCAGCCGCGGAGACGGGCGAGGACAUGGAUGUGGUGAUGAAGCUGCUGAAGGAGGGGGAUGUCAACCAGCGAGCCGCCCAGGGAGGCCAGACCGCCCUGAUGCUGGGGGUCAGCCACGAGCGGGAUGACAUGGUGCGAGCCCUCCUCUCCUGCCAGGCCGAUGUCAACCUCCAGGACGAGGAGGGGACGACGGCCCUGAUGGUGGCCUGCCGGCAGGGAAACGCCGACAUUGUCAGGCUCCUCUUGGCCCAGCCUGGCUGCCAGGUCACACUGACAGACAAGGGCGGUAACUCGGCCCUGUCGCUGGCCCAGCGUGCUGCCCGUGGGGACAUUGCAGCGCUCCUGCGAGCCCAUGCUGAGCAGAGCCCGUCCCUCUCUGUGUGA